UGAAAGUAUAAAAUGGAUAACCAAAUCUUUCCCUCCAAAAUUUGUAUUCCAUUUUGAAAACUCAUUUUGCUUGCAAGCUGCAACUGGUCUCAUGAUCUCGUCUCAUGAUCAUUUCUCUGAGAUCCAAAUCAUUCCCUUUUCCAUUUCCAAUCGCAAUUCUCAAAUGGGUCUCCACCAUUUCCUCCAAACCUCCUCCUCAGCUUUCCCAACAAUCAGACCCACAUCACCAUCUUCGUCUCUUCUUCAAUACCACAACCAAAGACACUCACUACAGCUCGAAUUACGAGCUCUCCUUAGUUUCUGCACUCAAAUCUUGCUCAUCCCUUUUGGCCAUCUCUCAAGGCCAACAAAUCCAUUGCUUGGCCUUGAAAUCUGGGCUUCAUUCCAACACUUUUAUCUUAAACAGUUUGAUUAAUAUGUAUGCCAAAUGUGGGUUUAUCAGUAAUGCCCAGUUGCUGUUUGAUUCUUGUCCUAAGUUGGAUCCUGUGUCUUGUAAUAUUAUGGUUGCUGGGUAUGUAAGAAUCAGGCAAUUGGAUAAUGCUCGCCAAUUGUUUGAUAUAAUGCCCAGUAAAGGUUUUGUCUCAUACACGACUAUGAUAAUGGGUUUGGCCCAAAAUGAUUGUUGGUAUGAGGCAGUUGAGGUUUUUAAGGAUAUGAGGUUUGCUGGAGUGAUCCCGAAUGAGGUUACACUGGCAAGUGUCAUGUCGGCUUGUGCGCAUUUAGGUGGGAUUUGGAAUUGCUGGAUGCUUCACGGGUUGGUGAUUAAGCUGCAACUUGAGGGAUUGGUUCUUAUUUCAACGAAUUUGUUGCACAUGUAUUGUCUUUGUUUGAGAGUAUUGGAGGUGAGAAGGUUGUUUGAGGAGAUGCCUGAGAGGAAUAUAGUCUCGUGGAAUGUAAUGUUAAAUGGGUAUUCAAAAGCAGGGCUUGUUGAUAUGGCUAGAGAGUUGUUUGAGAGGAUUCCUUCAAAAGAUGUGGUGUCGUGGGGUACAAUGAUCAAUUGCUACGUGCAAGUAGAAUGGUUAGCUGAAGCUUUUACAGUGUAUCGUGCAAUGUUAUGUACUGGAGUGGGACCCAAUGAUAUUAUGAUUGUUGAUUUGUUUUCAGCAUGUGGCCAAUCAAUGGCAUUGGAUGAGGGUCAGCAGUUUCAUGGUAUAACUGUAAAGACAGGUUUUGACUGUUAUGAUUUUAUACAGGCAACAAUCAUUCAUUUUUAUGCCGCUUGUGGCAGAAUGACACUAGCUCGUUUGCAAUUUGAAGUGGGAAUCAAGGGUCAUAUUGCAUCUUGGAAUGCCCUCAUUGCAGGAUUUGUAAGAAAUGAGAUGAUUGAUGACGCAAGGCAGAUAUUCAAUGAGAUGUCAGAAAGAGAUGUUUUAUCUUGGAGUGCCAUGAUUUCUGGUUAUACACAGAGUGAGCAACCUAAUAUGGCUCUAGAACUCUUCCAUGGGAUGAUAGCUUGUGGCAUCCAACCGAAUGAAAUUACUAUGGUGAGUGUUUUCUCUGCAAUUGCGACUUUAGGGACAUUGAAAGAAGGAAAAUGGGCCCAUGAAUAUGUGUGUAAUAACUCCAUCCCUCUUAAUGACAAUUUAAGUGCAGCUAUCAUUGACAUGUAUGCCAAAUGUGGGAACAUCAAUACUGCCUUGAGAGUGUUCUAUCAAAUCCGAGAAAAUGCCUCUACUGUCUCCCCCUGGAACGCAAUUAUAUGCGGGUUGGCAAUGCAUGGACAUGCCAAUUUGUCUCUUGAAAUAUUUUCCGACUUGCAAAGCCGUCAUAUCAAGCUUAAUUCAAUCACAUUCAUUGGAGUCCUAAGUGCAUGUUGCCAUGCUGGAUUAGUGGAGCUAGGGAAGAGAUAUUUAAAGAUAAUGAAGAAUGUGUAUAACAUAGAACCAAACAUCAAGCAUUAUGGUUGUAUGAUUGAUCUCCUGGGCAGAGCUGGGCAGUUAGAAGAAGCUGAAGAUUUAAUAAGAGGCAUGCCUAUGAAGGCAGAUAUUGUGAUAUGGGGCACAUUAUUGGCAGCUUGUAGAACUCAUGGGAAUGUGGACAUAGGAGAGAGGGCUGCAGAGAGUUUGGCAAGGUUGGAACCAUCUCACGGGGCUGGUAGAGUUCUUCUAUCCAACAUAUAUGCAGAUGCUGGUAGGUGGGAGGAUGCAUUUUCGGUAAGGAGAGCAAUGCAAAUUCAGAGAAUGAAGAAAUCAGCAGGGUGCAGUGGUGUUGUAUGACAACAUGAUGGGGUUUGAAUACAGUUUGGUCAAAUUGAAAAUGACACGGGAGUAAAGUGGCAGUUACAAACAUGGUGGCAUGAGGAGUAUCCGAAUAAGCCUAUAGCCCAAUCCAAUCAAUUUCUUAAGCCCAACCAUAUUGAUUUUCAAGCCCAGCAAAUAAAGCCAUUAUUUGCCCAACAAUUCAGAAGAUAUUUGAAGUCAUUUUCUCCAAGAAGUCAAAGAGUAUUUAAUAUUUUUUUCCUAACAUUCAGCCAUUAGGUUUUGUUCCUCUUGACACCAGAGUGUCCCAAGUUCCAACCGAAGUGUCCCAAGAUCCAGCAAGGCCAAUCUGAUGACAAUCCGGCCCAAAAAGCUUUUCUUGAAGAUCAGAAUAAUAGCCCAUUAUUUUAAAACUUUUUUUAUUAUUAAUUAAGUCAAUUUGUCUUUAUUUAGUGUCUCCUAGGAUGAAUUAGACUUUAUGUUUUAUUUCUCCUAGGCCAACAAGUAAUUUAUUGUGUUUCUAAGUUCCUAAGAGUCAUAUCUGACUUUGGUCAGAUUAAGUGAAUGUAUUUAUUAUUAUUUCAUUUUCCUAUGCUUGGGGGCUAUUCCAAGCUCAAUUUAAGCCUUUGGCUAAAUCAAAU